AACAGAUUAGAUGUGAUUUUAGGAAAAGUCGGUUCAAAAGCUAAAGACGUUUACGAAUCAAAGCUUAGUUUGGCCUCAAGAAUAGUCAAAGUGGAAAGAGCUGUGGAGGACAUCGAGAGUAAAAUCGAUCAAUUGAUGGAAAUGUAUUUGGAGGACAGGGCGAGGAUGACUGCUAUGGCAUUGUCUGGCUUAGCACAUGUGCCAUCACUAGCAACUCAACAUCAUGUGGGCUCUGCAAUGUCUAACCAAACGCCUCCGCCUCCCCCUCCGAGUACACCGGUGUCACAAUCCUUUCCAAACGGCUCAUUGUCUCCGUUAGCGUCGGCAACACUGGCGAAGCCAAAGCCAAUACUCAUUGAUAAGCAAUCAUCAGAACCUAAUACUCCAAUCGCCAGAUGUGUCGACAAACAGAUCCAAAGAGGAAACUCCGAUUUAAGUCAGAGGUUUGUGAAGAAAAGGGUCACUUUGAGACACUCGUUGGACACAGCAGUGAACCGGUGCUCCAGUGCUGGCACUCAACGAACUGUAAGCGAAGCCCAUAGGAGUGCGAGAAGUGAUUCGUCAAUAAUCGGUGGUAUAAUGUUGUCGUCGGCGACGGCAUCGGCGCCAGCCAUCAAACUCGAGACAGACGUCGACACCAAUCAUACAAAUGCACAAAACGACUCAAGAGUGACACUCUCUUCGGCCGAUUCGGUGGAUCGGGAAAUGGUGUCGGAGUCGAGCACUUUAGGCACAGAACUAGAAUCUCUGUGUAUUAGCGAUGAAAUGGGUUCUGUUUUGGGCAGAGAUUCAUCCGAUUUUGAUUACAUCGAUGACAUACCUAUGAGUUCCACAGCUAGUCGUAAGAGUAGUCAAGAGAGUUAUACCACAUCUACUAGAGAGCAGACUAGAGACCACACUAGAGACCACUUCGAUAGGCUUUUAAUACCGGAAAUACCGGAUACGGGCAACGAAUCUGACUGUGAGUUAAGUCAGACAACUGUCAUCCACGCAGAAACACAAUCAUUGUUAAGUCCGAUGAUAGGAACACCUCCUGAAUCAACUAAACUACAUCCCAAAUACCAUCAUCAUCCACAUCAUAGUCACCAUCAUGCACAUCAUCACUAUAAAUCAUCUCAUCAAUCCGACAAUUUAUAGCUAGUUCUUACAAAUCAAUUCAAUUUAGUUACAAUUCAUUCUUCUCAUUAUAUUUAGACCCC